UAUAACAUCUUCUUGUUAAAUAACUAUUUCCUAGCCUAGAUAGUUUAUACAAUUGUUGUUGCUGUCUUUUGAGAAGGAUGGUGCUCGUGAUCGUCAUGCCAAUAACGAAGAAAUUUCGUGGUAUAUAUUGUAUUUAUGAGAAUGCUCUUUGCUUGCUGCCCCUGGUUUCCAUUGGAGUUUUAUGCGUUUUCGAAAUUCUUUGCCCGCUCGAAGCUCGAACUUUAAGGGCAUAAAAGAACAAUGGCUGAUUUGAAUAAAGGUGUUGAACAAUUGAAAUUGGAAGGAGAAGCCGUUAAAGUUGCACCUAAAGAUGCACCCGCUGCUGCUUCUCAAAAUGUUACACCUUGGGAAGUUGAAGGUGCCGUUGUUGAUGGUGUUCAACAAGCUAUUGAUUACAAUAAAUUGAUUGAACAAUUUGGUACAAGACCCAUUGACGAUGCCUUAUUAGAGCGUUUUGAAAAAUUAACAGGCCGUAAGCCCCACAUCUUUUUGAAAAGAGGCGUCUUUUUCUCUCACAGAGAGCUUCACGUUAUUUUGGAUCGUUAUGAACAAAAGAAGCCAUUCUUCUUAUACACCGGUCGUGGACCUUCAAGUGCUGCUAUGCAUUUAGGACAUAUGGUUCCUUUCAUUUUUUGUCAAUGGUUACAGGAAGUUUUUGACGUCCCUAUUGUUAUUCAGUUAACUGACGACGAAAAGUUUUUAUUCAAGCCCAAUUUGACCGUGGAAAUGUGUCGUGAAUUUGCCCGAGCCAACGCCAAAGAUAUCAUUGCCUGUGGUUUCAAGCCUGAAAAGACGUUUAUCUUUUCUGACUUUGAUUAUGUUGGUGCCGAGUUCUAUCAUAAUGUAACUAGAAUUUCCCGUUCUAUUACUUUAUCACAAUCCAAGGCUACUUUUGGUUUUAACGACAGCGAUAAUAUUGGCAAGGCACAUUUUGUUGCUAUUCAAGCUGCGCCUUCAUUUUCUAACUCAUUCCCUCAAAUUUUUGGUGGCAAGAAGGAUAUUCCUUGUUUGAUUCCUUGCGCUAUAGAUCAAGACCCUUAUUUCCGUCUAACACGUGAUGUUGCUAAGAAGUUGAAGUAUCCUAAGCCUUCCUUAAUUCAUGCCAAAUUCUUCCCAGCCCUUCAAGGCCCUCAAACUAAGAUGAGUGCAUCUGUAGACACAUCAGCUAUUUUCAUGACUGAUACCCCUAAACAAAUCAAGAACAAGAUCAACAAGCAUGGCUUUUCUGGUGGUGGAGCUACCGUUGAAGAACAUAGAGCCAAUGGUGGUAAUCCAGAUGUCGAUGUUGCUUAUCAAUAUCUGUCUUUCUUCAUGGAAGAUGAUGAAGAGUUGAAGAAAAUUCAUGAUUCUUACAAAUCUGGUGAAUUAAUGACUGGUGAACUAAAGAAGAUUUGUAUUGAACUUUUACAAAAGAUGGUUGCUGAUUUCCAAGAAAGAAAGAGCAAGAUUACUGAUGAAAUUGUUGAUCAAUUUAUGGAUAAGAACAGAAAGAUAGAUGCUGGCUUGAAAUGAUUUUGAAUAAAAUAUAGACAGUAAACUUCAUGUGCUUGUGUUAUAUAAUUACCGUGAUCAUUGUUGCUGUCAAAUGGUCACAGCAAGAAAUAGGAACAGAAAGGGGGCAUUUUUGUACUGGUUUUUUUAAUAUGAGUUUGCGUUGAGAU